AUGGAAACUGUUUCGGAUCCUCCAACUUUCGAGCAAUUAGUUAACUUACAGGCAAAUCGGGCCCAAUCCCUUAAAUCGACGCUGCUGAAUUUUAAAAAGGAUUCACAAUCGAGGAAAACGAGAAUUUAUUUAAAGAAGCGGUUGCAACAAGUGGAAGAGCUAAGGAGCGCGUUCCAGGAGACUGAUGCCGUGAUCGUGAAUCUAGAAGGUUUUGCUGAAUCGAGCUAUGCCGUGAAAAAUUUCCAGUCGGAGUUCGAGGAGCGUUAUAUGGACGCCUAUUGUGCCAUCGCAGAGGAUUUGGAUAGACUUGAAGCCGAGACUCCUAAGCUGCAGCCACUGCCAAGUGGAGCCGCUGAUCCGGAGGUGCGACUGAACAUGCCACAGAUGUCAGUUCCCAAGUUUUCCGGUGCGUGUGUGGACUGGCCAGGCUACUAUGACGCUUUCACGAGCCUCAUACAUAACAACAAUAAUUUGAGUAACGUACAGCGGUUACAUUUUCUGAAGGAAUCGUUGCCGGUAGGGCGCGAUAAUGACAUCCGUCAAAUGCAGCUCACGGAGACGAACUACGCCGUGGCAUGGGGAAUGAUGAUUAAAAGGUACAACAAUCCUCGUCUAGUGUUUUCCCACCACAUGAACGCGAUAUACGCGUUGCCCAGGCUGCAAAAGGAUAAUACGGAUUCCAUACGGUCGAUGCUGAGCACGGUCAAUGUUUGCCUGGCUGCAUUCCGCCGCGUCCAAGCCUUGGACGGGGAACGGCAGCACUGGUUGGCGCAUUACAUAGCAGCGAAGUUGCCCAAGGAGACCCACAACGCUUGGGAGCACCACCAAGGGAGCGGUGCCACCGUUCCCACUUAUAAGGAUUUAGAAUCGUUUUUGAAUGAUCGGCUGGUCAUAAUGGAUGCGAUCGAGAACCGAAGCUCGUCGUACGACUCCAAUAAUGGCCCAGGAUCUGCCGACCCAGGCAAGAGAGUGCGAGUGCAUAAUGCACAGGAGCACUCAAGGCGCCCGAAUAGCUCCUGUUAUCACUGUAGCGGUGACCAUAUCCUGCGUCGUUGUGCCGCCUUUCUGGCCUUGGACUGCUAUAAGAGGAAGGACAUAGUCACCAGGGCGAAAUUAUGUAUUAAUUGUCUGAGUAAAGCACAUGCGCUUUCCCGCUGUACCAGCAAUAAGAGCUGCCAAAUUUGUGGCCAGCGCCAUCAUACGCUGUUGCAUUUCCCAGCAUUGGCUCAGGACCGAUCGUCAAGCCAUACACCGCUGCAUCCAGUUCGGUCUGCCGCGACGCAUCCUGAUGCAGCUGGGGAGACCGUACCUCAGCAGGGCCUACAGUCAACGUCGGGCCAGAAUCCGGACGCAUCUUACAGAUGCUAUUCAGCAACUUCGGCGAAUGGGUCCUCCCGAAAUGUGCUCCUCGCCACUGCUCGUAUUGCCGUACGAAACCCGGUCAACGGGCUACGAGCGGUCAUAAAUGCUCUCAUCGAUCAAGGAUCUGAGGCAACCAUAGUUUCGGAGCACGUCGUACAGUCCCUGCAUCUGAGACGGUGCAAUACCCGAGCAUCGAUUUUUGGGGUGGGCCCAGGGGGCGGUCGUCGUUGCAAGUAUACAGUUAAUUUCGAAGUUAAUAGUAUUAUUAAUCCAAAUUUUUCUCUAGAGGUUGAUUCAGCAUAUGUUCUCAAUUCAGUUACUUCCUGUCUGCCUAGCCUUAGCUUCACGCCGCAGCGUUGGAAUCAUAUUCGAGGGCUCCCUCUGGCGGAUCCGAGCUACGCCCGGUCGAAGAGAGUCGAUCUCAUCUUAGGAGCGGACAUGUUGGCGCAAAUCAUGCUGCCAGACACCAGGAUUGGAUUGCCCGGCGAGCCUAUAGCGCAGAAUACACGCUUCGGAUGGAUUCUAUCGGGACGUGCCGAAGGAGUAAGAGAAGCAACACAAUUGCGCUGUCAUCGAGUGCUGCUGGACACGGAGGCAUUGCUGAAGCGUUUCUGUGAAGUCGAGUCAGUUCCUGAUCGCCCUAUAGCGACAGAGGGGGACCUCUGGUGCGAGUCGUUUUUUCAGGAGACCCACGUGCGUCGACCGGAUGGCCGCUAUGUGGUCAGGUUGCCUUUUAAAACCUAUCUCGAUCCGACCAUGGUCUUGGGAAAGUCUCAUCAGAUGGCGCUUAAUCGGUUUCUCCAGAUGGAAAGGCGUCUGUCCAACAAUCCAGACCGUUGGAGCAAAUAUGUGGAUGAGAUUGAGGAAUACUUCGCGCUCGAGCAAAUAGCGCCGGCAAUGGGCAGUGAAAGCAGCACAGUAAGGAGUACGGCCGCGAACAGGCAUGUAGCCUCUUGUGUACUUCCGCAUCACGCUGUCUUUAAGAAGGAAAUUCAGUCAACCAAACAGCGAAUCGUCUUCGAUGCCUCCUCAAGGACUAGCAAUGGAAGAUCUUUAAAUGACAUUUUGUGGACUGGGCCUACUCUUCAAAACGACAUGUCUGCAGUCAUUCUCAACUGGCGGAAAUAUCGUUUUGUUUUCACGGCGGAUAUACAGAAAAUGUAUCGGUGUAUCGAUGUUCACCCGGAAGACGCCCAAUAUCAGCGGAUUUUAUGGCGGGCGGCGGAUGGGUCCAUCAACGUUUAUGCGUUGACAACGCUAACCUUCGGAACGGCUUCGGCACCCUUCAUGGCGAUCAGAGUCAUUCAACAAUUAGCGAAGGAUGAGCGGUGUUCGUUUCCUAAGGCGGAAGAAGUAUUAAGGGACGAGAUCUACGUGGACGACAUUCUUUCCGGUGGGCAUACGAUAGAAGAUGCGGAGGAUAAACGGGCCCAGGUAUCGGGUGCUAUAAAAUCCGCUUGCAUGGAGUUGCGGAAAUGGUCCAGCAACGAAGAGAGCCUUUUGCAAUCGAUUCCGCCAGAGCAUCAAUGCAGUCGGACACCUCUGAACUGGGACGCUGCGGAUCCGAUCAAGGCGUUAGGAAUGUAUUGGCUCCCCAAUAAGGACUGCUUCAAAUUUCAGGUCAAUUUUGAGAUACCACCUACUUUCACUAAGAGGACGAUCCUGUCGAGCAUAGCGAGGCUGUUCGACCCGCUAGGUCUCAUCGCGCCAGUCAUCAUCUCGGGAAAGUUAAUAUUGAAGGAGGUAACCAUGGCUAAGAAAACGCAGGACAACGGCGCUAGGACGGCUCUGGAUUGGGACGACGAGGUUCCUAAGGCUCUUGCGGAAAGGUGGCAAGCAUUUCGGGACGGCUUGCUGGGGAUAGACGGCCUGAGCAUACAGCGGUGGAUUCAUUAUUCCCCAGGAUCCAUAGUAUCAGCUCAGCUGCACGCGUUUUGUGACGGAUCUUCCACGUCCUAUGCAGCUACUACUUAUCUAAGGCUCGAGCACGGGAAUGGAGCGUGCUACGUCUCGCUGUUGGCCGCAAAAUCAAAGGUUACCCCUACUAAACCCCUAACCAUACCAAGAACGGAGCUGAGUGGUGCAGUGCUAGCCGUCAAGUUGGUGAAAUGGCUUACAUCGGCUAGGUGGCUAAAUGACCUUCCCAUCCAGACCUUUUAUUGGACGGAUGCCACGAUUCUUCUUCAUUGGCUGCACGGGGACGUCAAUAGAUGGAAGACGUUCGUUGCCAACAGGGUCGCCUUCAUUCUGGACCACUCGUCGCCAUCGCAAUGGAGACAUGUAGGUACUAGCGAGAAUCCAGCGGACUGUGCGACAAGAGGGCUUCCUCCGAGCGAGCUAAAGGAUUUUGAUUUGUGGUGGCGAGGCCCGGAGUGGCUUACACGCAAGCAAGAUGACUGGCCUUCGACGGAGAUCGGGCAGGUCGACAUACACGAUGCCGCGCUGGAGGCAAAGGCGGACAAGGUACGCGUUCACCUGGCAGUUCCGCAACCAUCGUUGGUUGAGAGGUUUUCCAGUUUCAGCCAGGCCAUAAGAGUCACAGCAUUUAUAAUUCGGUUCAAAAGCAAUGCUAUUAGCAAAGGAGAGAGGUAUACCGGUCCCCUAAGCAUUAAGGAGCUCGACUAUGCUUUACUCGCCAUCGUGCGCAUUGUUCAAAGGGAGUCCUUCUCGUCUGAGCUGGCCGCAUUGAUGAAUUCUAAACGGCUGCCCUCCAAAAGCAAGCUUCAGAGUUUGUCACCGAUCGUGGUGGAGGGAAUCUUACGAGUGAGGGGGCGAUUGCGCCAUUCGGGGCUAUCAUACGAACGUCGGCAUCCAAUAAUCCUCCCAAGUUCUCAUAUUUUUACAGAGCUAGUAAUACGGUACUCGCAUACUUUGACUCUGCACGGAGGUGCGCAGCUGACCUUGGCCCACGCUCGCCAGCGGUUCUGGAUACUGACAGGGAGGCAAGCAGUUCGAAGGGUGCUGCGGAAGUGCGUGAGGUGCUUUCGCACCCGGCCAACCACCUCGGCUCAGCUCAUGGGAGACCUGCCGCUACGCAGGGUCAACCCCCCUAAUCGACCGUUCCUGGCGACGGGAGUUGACUACACAGGCGCUAUAGAGCUGAAGGCAGCGCGCUUGAGAGGAACCAGCUUCUACAAGGGAUACAUAGCCGUUUUCAUUUGUCUGGCGACGAAGGCUGUACACUUGGAGGCAGUGACGGGUCUCACCACGGAGCAUUUCUUGCUGGCUUUAGACCGGUUCACCGGGCGGCGAGGGAUGGUUCAGCAUUUAUACAGUGACAACGGAACCAACUUUAUCGGCGCGGAUAAUCUAAUGAAGGCAUUAUUCGGAAGGCUGCAGGAGGAUUACGAGAAGCUCAUAGCCCCAAAGCUCGCUGCGCAGCGUGCCACUUGGCAUUUCAAUCCACCUCAAUCGCCCAACUUUGGCGGGCUGUGGGAGGCCAAUGUGAAGUCGGUGAAGCACCACCUUAAGAGGGUCAUCGCCGAUCGACGGCUCACCUAUGAGGAGUUAUCUACGGUGCUCAUAAGCAUAGAAGCAUGCCUCAACUCGCGGCCGCUGUGCCCUCUCACAGCCGAUGCUGACGAUCUAGAGGUGCUUACGCCGGCUCAUUUUCUAAUUGGAGACUCCAUGUUGGCGCCUCCGGAGUAUAGGCCGCAGUCCAAGUCCUUCGCAGAGCAGUUUCUUAUCCAGCAGUCAAUGAUUCGCCAUUUCUGGAAGGCUUGGAGUCGAGACUGGCUGGCUCAUCUGCAGCAGAGACCGAAGUGGUGUCAUGAGGCUGAAGGUCUGCAGUUGAACGACCUUGUCAUCAUCAAGGAUGACCGAUUCCCGCCUUCACAGUGGCUGUUAGGACGGGUCGUCGAGUUACACCCAGGGGCGGAUGCGUUAGUCCGGGUGGUAACCCUUAAAACCAAGCAAGGCCAAUUAAAGCGAUUCUGCCCCGCCUACUACCCCCAGGAUGGACUGGACACGCGGAGAUGUCUCAUGCUAGGUCUAGCAUUGGCGGGCGGCAUGUUCAGUUUUGCUGCGUGUCCCACUGUGCGGGAGAGUGGCGAUCAGCCGAUCGCUCACUCGUCGCUGGACAGUGCAUACGAUGCGGGAAGAAGAGAAUGGAAGAGAGACAUACAAGGGGACACAACUAUACAGGAUGCAUACCCUCUUCCUCAGAUAGCGGGAAUUUUAAGUCGUUUGCCUAAGGCGGAAUUCAUAUCCAGCCUUGACCUUAAGGAUGCCUAUUGGCAGGUUCCUUUAGAGGUUUCAUCGCGAGACAAAACGGCUUUCACUGUCCCGGGUAGACCGCUCUACCAGUUUAAGGUUAUGCCUUUUGGGCUGUGCAACGCCACAAUGUCCCGUUUAAUGGACAAGGUUGUGCCAGCUCAUCUCAGAAACGAGGUGUUUAUUUACCUCGACGAUUUAUUGGUAGUUUCUGCCAGCUUUGGGAGGCAUCUUGAAGUUCUCAGAGAGAUCACUCUGCAGAUAAGGCGUGCAGGUUUGACGAUCAACAUUGGCAAAAGUCAUUUCUGCAUGCUUCGUGUGCGAUAUCUGGGACAUAUAAUUGGCGAUGGUGGCAUACGCACCGACCCAGAAAAGGUGGCCGCCAUUACUAACUUUCCGUUGCCAAACACGUUACGAAGUCUACGAAGUUUUAUGGACUUAAUGACCUCAAAACGAAGGUUUAGUUUAACGGACGAAGUCUUAAAACUUUCUCUCAGCAAGGCUCCAGUCUUAUGCAGCCCCGAUUUUGCAAAGCCUUUUGCGAUACAUUGUGACGCUAGCAAAACCGGGAUAGGCGCAGUUCUAGUACAGGUGUCUGAAGAUGGAGACGAACGGCCUAUUGCCUUCUUUUCAAAGAAGCUGAACAAAGCUCAGCGUAAUUAUACUGUUACCGAGCAAGAAUGCCUAGCGGCGGUAGCAGCUCUCAAGAAUUUUAGGGCGUGCUUCAUCUGCAACUGCAUCGGACAUUUCGCUGCCGCAAACCUAAGCGUGAGCACGGAGCCUGCUGCGCAUGUGGCAGUAUGGAUCACCAGGUUCUGCUGCACUGAAAAGAAGUACGUGCCCAGCAAUGCUGUUUAA